ACAGGCUCUUCGUGGUGUCAGACAGAGCAAGAGCCUGGGGACUGUGAAUGGACAAGGUGAAGAAAAGGUUUUAAAGCUGGUUACCUAACCAGAAACCUCUGACUUUUCCACAGGGGGCUUAUCUCCUCACAUGCACUAUGGCUAUCCCAUUUGUGAUGGUGUUGCCCCUGUUGGUGGUGGUGUUCUCUGGAAUCUACUACCUUUACAAUGAGGUCAUCCACUUCAUGUCCAAAUCCAUAGUGCGGAACAAAGUGAUGGUGAUUACAGAUGCUGUAUCUGCAAUGGGAAGUGAGUGUGCCAGGCUGCUGCAUGAAGGUGGUGCACAGUUGGUGUUGUGUGGACCCAACUGGGAUAAGCUGGAGUCUCUCCAGGACUCGCUGUGCAGUGGCUCGGACCCCAGUAAAACCUUUCCACCCAAGUUGGUGUUGCUGGAUUUCAGUGAUAUAGACAGCAUGGAGGAUGUGAUUACAGAGAUCAGCGAGUGCUACGGCUACGUGGAUGUGCUGAUCUGUAACGGCAGCAUGAAGGUCAAAGCCCCAGUGCAGAACGUUUCACUGGAGAUGGACAAAAUCAUCAUGGAUGUCAACUACUUUGGGCCCAUCACUUUGGUAAAGGGUAUUCUGCCGUUAAUGAUUGCCAGGAGAACGGGUCAUUUCGUAAUUGUCAACAAUAUCCAAGCGAGACUUGCUGUCCCAUUUCGCACCUCCUACGCCGCCUCCAAGCAUGCGGUGCAGGCCUUCUUUGACUGUCUGAGAGCAGAAGUGGAGGAGUACGGCAUUUCUGUCACUACAAUCAACCACACGUUCAUCAAUGCUACAACCCAGGAAGCCACCCCCUCCCAGUCUCAGCCCACCAAUGCCCUGUGGGCAUACAUUUUAAGCAAGCUAACCACUCAUGGUGUGAGCCCUAAAGCCCUGGGUCGUGAGAUUGUGCGAGUGGUGAACCGGAGGAGUAGAGAGGUGCUCCUGGCUCACCCCAUCCCCUGGGCUGCUCUCUACAUCCGCUUGAUCGUGCCCAGCUUCUUCUUUUCUGUGGUCGCAGCAGGGGUGAAGGACUCGGCUAUGAAUCAGCAGCUGAAAUAGAUCCAUACAUCACAUGCUAGUGAAUGACUGAUUGACUUCCUGUAACAAUGUGUCAUUAAAACAUGUUUUGAGCUAUAAUUCUCGCAUUGACGUAUGGCCUGAUGUAAUACAGGAACAAUGCUGAUCUGGAGGAGGAUGUUUAUUAAAGGCUUAGUACUUAGACAUAUGACCUAUUUGCUUUAUUUGGCUGGUAAAAUACCACAUGCACUGUAGUAUCUGCCCUAUAUAUUUUUGCAUGUAAUAGAUAUUCUCAUAGGCCUCAUAUUCGUUCACAUUUUAGGUACGAAGUAAGAUCUGAUGUUUUUAUGCUGGCCUUCUGUCUUCUAGCUUAUUCGGUUUGGAAAGUUUCACCAGUAACACAGACAGAGACACACACACACACACGCAAACACACACACACACACACACACACACACACACACACACACACACACACACACACACACACUUUAAUAUUUGCCUUCAGCUGCAUGCUGACGUAUGAACAGUCUCACUGGCAGAGACACAACACAUUUUACACGUUUGCAGAAUCCUACAGAUGGCGCUAUUGGAUUUUUAUGUUGUAAUACUGGGACAAAUAAAUUACUGCCACCUAGUGAACAGUUCUCGUUUAUAACCAAUUUGGAAACAAUGCACUCUAUGCUUUACUGCAUGAUAUUAUAUGAUGAUUGUGACAUGCUUACUUUCAUGC